UUACAUCGCCCAUUAAUUUGUCUCUUUUGCAUCUCCAUAUUUUGAAACCGUCCAAAUUUCCCUUUUUUGAUAUAACCAAAUUCCUCACCGUGGCCCCCAUCCCCAAGCUCUCUUCCCCCAGUGGCCGACCGGGCGGGCAAUGGGGGAUGCCUCCUCUGUCGGCGUACACGCCUUUUGAAUCGCUCCUCUUCUUCCAGUCCCUCGCUUCUCACGAUUCGUGUCCUUCCAAUUUCAUCUCCAUCUCCGAUCUUCUCCGCAAUAACCCUUUUGUUCGCCAGAAUGUUGCUUACGAUGCCGACCGUCUAUCUCCGGAGGCUCUCGAGGACCUCUAUACGACCUUGAUGCAGGAUGGCCUGGAGACCGCUGCGACCGGGCCAAAUGGUCACGCUACCGACCCCUCCACAAACCUUAAGAAGCGCAAGAUCUCCAGUCCUCGACCAGAUGGUUUGGUAGAUGGCGUCGCACGCCAUUCCUACAUAGUCCCCGAACUAGUCGCACACCUCUACGCCAAGUACAAGGAGCUUGUUACGAGGGAGAUCAGGCAGGAGGAAAAGCGCUACCGGGAGAUCAGAGAUGACAUUGAGCGGAUACACAGGGAGGAACAGCAAUCUCCGCCGGUCCCCGUUCAGCCGCCUCAGGCCCAAGUGCCCGCUGGUGGUCCGGAGCCGAUGGAUGUGGAUGUCAAAGAGGAAGAGAAACAAGUCCAACGACCGGUUGUGGAAGUCCCAGGACAAAUUCCGACCACUCAUAUCGAACAGCAGCAAUCACCCCAAUUACCACCACAGCCCAGACAGCCGAACAUCCCCCAACGACAUCCAUCGGCCCAGGAACCGUCUACCGCGCAGCGACCAUCUGUACAACAGCCCCAACAAGGCCAGCCUUUGCCGGAUCCGGUGCCACAGUUGCAACAACUACCGCAGCCGCCGCAGCCUGUUUCGCAUGCGCAAACGGUUCAUCCGCCUCCAGCACCGCAUAUCAAUGGGAAAUCACCUGUUCCACCCCAACCGCCUGCUAUUACACCUCGCAAUCCUCCGAAUCAAUUACCUCCCACAUCUCAUAUUCCCCCAGGAGCCAGCACCAACCCAUCUCAGCCUGCGGCACCAGCCGUGCAAGGCCCCAAUGGAUUAAAUGUGCCAGGCGCCACUUUCGCAACCCCUUCUGUUCCUACUCCAACCCCACAAAAAACCGCUCAACAGAGUACCCCUACUGCUACACACGCCAGAGCUCCUUCCCAACUCCCCCCUCAACCCGCAUCUGGCUUUCAACAAUGGCCGCUGAACGCGCCUACUCAUACGCCGCAAACUCCCUUCCCUCCCCAUGGAACUCCUCAGUAUCCGAACACAAAUGCUGCUAGAAGACCAGUUCCAACACCCCUUCAGCAAAUACCACAGACCGAACCUGGGAAACCGUAUCCACGAAUCUUUUCGCCAGCAUUACCGACAACACCCGGACCUCGUACCCAAGUUCAAACGCCUCUUACUGGCCCCCUUGGUGGUUUCGAGACACCCCGCGCUGCUUCAUUUUCAGACUCGCGCAGUUUCCACCAACACCGACUAUCAAUUGAUACAUCUGGCUCCGCCACGCCCUGGAAGAGACCUCCCCGUUUGAGCAUCCUACAGUCUCCCGGGUCGCCUGACCGGCCGCGACCAGAGGAUGUGAGUCCAAUCAGUGAAAGGGCGCCGUCACCCGAGUUUUCGGAACCAGCACACCGUCGGAGAACGCGGCCAGUAGAAGACAAGAAGGCAACCAAGACAGAAAGGUUCACACUAUCUGGCCGAAAGAGGCGUGAUGAGAGCACACCGUCGUCAAGGAGCCGGGGGCGUUCGAGAUCCGUAUCACAGGUCAAAGUUAAGCAUGAGAUGCCCAGCACCCCAGCGGGUGUGCCAGAUGCUGUCGAGGCAGAGCCACGUGGUAUUGCUGGACGGAAAUCUCAAGAUGAGCGUUUAGGAAGAGGUCGCCCCAAACGCAAGCGUGAUACGAGUGAGCCAGGAGAACUGGAGAGUUUCCACGCCGAAAUUAGUCGCCUGGACUCGUCGCAGGCUGGCCAGUACGUCUUGAGCGCACGUAACUUUCCGAGAACCGGAGCGCCCAUCAUGAACGAUGUCACGAUGCACAAGCACGCCUCAAUCUUCACCAAGCCAUUGACGGAACGAGAUGCGCCAGGCUAUCGAGAUCUCAUAUACCGGCCGCAGGACCUAAAAUCGAUCAAGUCCUUGAUCCAUCAGGGAAGCAAGGCUGUAAACGCUGCUACAGAAGCUGCCAGUACGCCUGCCGCAGACGGGGAGUCGCCAGCUCCGUCGGGGACGCCUUCAAAGAAUGCAGUGCUUAUGUUACCCAAGACAGAGGAUGUCAUCCCUCCAAAGGCGGUGGUCAAUUCAGCUCAGCUUGAGAAGGAGUUGAUCCGCAUGUUCGCGAACGCCAUCAUGUUCAACCCGGUUCCUGAACGCGGGUUUGGUCCGGGGUUUCCCAUGAUUAGCGAGAGUGGAUCUAGAGAAAGCACCCAGGUUCCUGAAGCAGAUGAAGGAGGCAUUAUUAAAGAUACCGUGGAGAUGUUUGAAGAUGUUGAGCAGGCGGUCACCCGAUGGCGUGCAGCGGAACGGACCGCGGAUGAAUUGGCCAGCAAGAGCAUCCUUUCGCUUCGCAGAGCGAGUGACCCUAAUAACCCGGACGGUGUGGAUGAUGCGAAGGAACCAUGACCAUGUCGGGCUUUGUGACGAGUUAAGAUCUUAUGUAGUAAUAUUGUCUAUUCACUGUUGUAUUAUGCGGACAGACAUUGAAGA